UCCACCUUUCAUCUCUACUGGAAAAUAAACUCACCGAGGAGCCACCGGUUGCAAUCAAAGGUCCAUCCCGGUGGAGGAUACCGCUAUAAUGGGUGUUUUUCACCAAAGUGGACUUUCUAACAGUUUUCCUGCGCGCAGAUUCUGAUUUAAAAAAAAAAAGAAACACAUUUUGACGCCCGCUAGCUAACCAUAGUUAUCUCCGCCGUCCUAUGGUGUCGGUGUUGUCGUGGUGAGAGUCUUCAAACGAGGGAUAUAGAACAAAUCUUACUGGGAGACGGUCCUAUAUUGCAAACAUGUCUGGGGCGUCUGUAAAAGUCGCUGUUCGGGUUCGACCCUUCAACUCCAGGGAGAUGAGCAAGGAUUCCAAAUGUAUCAUUCAGAUGCAAGGCAACACUACAACUAUUCUCAACCCCAAAACCCCAAAGGAACCAGCAAAGACCUUCAGUUUUGAUUACUCCUACUGGUCACACACUACGCCAGAAGACCCCAGCUUUGCAUCACAGAACCUUGUAUACAAUGACAUUGGCAAGGAAAUGCUGCAGCAUGCUUUUGAAGGCUACAACGUCUGCAUCUUUGCUUAUGGCCAGACAGGAGCUGGCAAAUCCUACACCAUGAUGGGCAAGCAGGAGGAAGGGCAGGAAGGAAUCAUUCCCAUGCUCUGUGAAGAUCUAUUUGAGAAAAUCAAUGCGGACAACAACAAAGAGGACCUCUCCUACUCAGUAGAGGUCAGUUACAUGGAAAUCUACUGCGAGCGUGUGCGAGAUUUGCUCAAUCCCAAAAACAAAGGGAACCUGCGAGUGCGAGAGCAUCCUCUGAUGGGCCCCUAUGUGGAGGACCUGUCCAAACUAGCUGUCACCUCCUACACAGACAUCGCUGACCUAAUGGAUGCAGGAAAUAAAGCCAGAACCGUGGCUGCCACCAACAUGAAUGAGACCAGCAGCAGGUCCCAUGCUGUUUUCACCAUCGUCUUCACACAGAAGAAACACGACAGCGAGUCAGACCUUUCCACAGAAAAGGUCAGCAAAAUUAGUCUGGUAGACUUGGCAGGAAGUGAAAGAGCAGAUUCCACUGGAGCUAAAGGUACCAGGCUAAAGGAAGGAGCAAACAUCAAUAAAUCGCUCACCACAUUAGGAAAGGUUAUCUCUGCCUUGGCUGAAGUGAGCAAGAAGAAGAAGAAGACCGACUUCAUCCCGUACAGAGACUCAGUUCUGACAUGGCUGCUGAGGGAGAACCUUGGUGGAAACUCUAGAACAGCUAUGGUAGCUGCCCUCAGUCCUGCAGAUAUCAACUACGAUGAAACUCUCAGCACACUCCGCUACGCUGACCGAGCUAAGAACAUCAAAUGCAAUGCUGUCAUCAAUGAGGAUCCCAAUAAUAAGCUGGUGCGCGAUCUGAAGGACGAAGUGUCUCGACUGAAGGAGCUGCUCCGUGCCCAGGGCCUGGGAGACAUCCUGGACAUUGAUCCUAUGGGGGAUGAUUGCCCAGGAAGUGGAUUCAAAUACCUCAAAGACAUUCAGAACAAUAAGAAUAGAUACUUGAUUGCCUCAGAGAACCAACGCCCUGGCAAUUUCUCCACAGCCCCUAUUGGUUCCCUGACAGCCUCUCCAUCCUCUGGCUCACUGUGCAGCCAGGGGGGCUUGCAGUCGGUCACAAGCAUCCAGGAGCGUAUCAUGUCCACACCUGGAGGAGAGGAGGCAAUCGAAAGACUCAAGGAAUCAGAAAAGAUCAUUGCCGAGCUCAAUGAAACAUGGGAAGAGAAACUGCGAAAGACGGAGGCAAUCCGCAUGGAGAGGGAGGCCUUGCUUGCAGAGAUGGGUGUCGCAAUCCGUGAAGACGGAGGCACUUUGGGGGUCUUCUCUCCUAAAAAGACUCCACACCUGGUUAACCUAAAUGAGGAUCCUCUCAUGUCAGAGUGUCUGCUCUACUACAUCAAAGAUGGAAUUACAAGGGUGGGUCAGGCUGAUGCUGAAAGACGACAGGACAUUGUCUUAAGCGGUGCUCAUAUCAGGGAAGAGCACUGUGUAUUCCGCAGUGAGAGGAAUGCCAAUGGAGAUGUGAUCGUCAUGCUCGUGCCCUGCGAGCUUUCAGAAACUUACGUCAACGGCAAGCGUGUUGAGGGUGCAAUCCAGCUUCGUUCAGGAAACCGUAUCAUUAUGGGAAAGAACCACGUGUUCCGCUUCAACCACCCAGAACAGGCCAGGGCUGAAAGGGAGAAAACACCAUCUGCUGAGACCCCGGUGGAACCAGUGGAUUGGACCUUUGCUCAGAGAGAGCUUCUGGAGAAGCAGGGCAUCGACAUGAAGCAGGAGAUGGAGAAAAGACUCACUGAGAUGGAAAUCCUGUACAAAAAGGAGAAGGAGGAAGCAGACCAACUUCUGGAGCAACAAAGACUGGUUUACGAGAGCAAAUUGCAGGAACUUCAGAAACAGGUUGAGACUCGUUCGCUAGUGGCCGAGACACCUGAUGAGGAAGAGCUGGAGGAGGAGGAGGAAGAGGAAGUGCCGUGGACUCAGCAUGAGUUUGAGAUGGCUCAAUGGGCCUUUAGGAAGUGGAGGUUCCAUCAGUUCACCUCCCUCCGUGACCAGCUGUGGGGAAACGCCGUCUACUUGAAGGAGGCCAAUGCCAUUAGUGUGGAACUAAAGAAGAAAGUCCAAUUCCAGUUUGUCUUAUUGACAGACACGCUGUACUCUCCACUGCCCCCUGAGCUCCUGCCGCCAGAACCUGAGAAAGAACGUGACUCCAGGCCUUUCCCCCGCACCGUGGUGGCCGUAGAGGUUCAGGACCUCAAGAACGGAGCCACGCACUACUGGUCCCUUGAUAAACUCAAGCAGAGGCUGGACCAGAUGAGAGAGAUGUAUGACCGUGCUGGAGAAAUGGCCUCCGCCAACCAGGAGGAUGGCGAGGGCUCUCUGACAGGAAAUGACCCCUUCUACGACCGCUUCCAUUGGUUUAAACUUGUGGGGAGCUCCCCCAUCUUCCACGGUUGCGUUAACGAGCGCCUUGCUGACCGUACUCCCUCGCCCACCUUCUCCACCACCGACUCCGAGAUCACCGAGCUGGCGGAUGAGCGCCAGAGCGAGAUGUCCGACUUGAUCGACGAUGAGGCGUUUGUGGACGACACCAGCUCGGAUGCCGGCACAGAGGAGGGUUCGGACAUCUUCAGCGACGGACAGGACCCCUUCUACGACCGCUCCCCCUGGUUCAUCCUGGUGGGAAGAGCUUUCGUGUACCUGAGCAACCUGCUCUACCCUGUACCACUGGUUCACCGUGUUGCCAUAGUAACAGAGAAGGGUGAGGUGCGUGGUUUCCUGCGCGUGGGGGUUCAGGCUAUAGCUGCUGACGAGGAAGCCCCAGACUACGGGUCAGGAGUUAGACAGUCGGGAACCGCCAAGAUUUCUUUCGAUGAUGAGUACUUCAAAAAGAAUGACUUCCCGUCCACGGUUAUGACCCGCUCCGGCUUGUCCCUGGAAGAACUGCGCAUUGUGGAGGGUCAGGGUCAGAGUUCAGAGAUCAUCACACCCUCAGAGGAGCUCAACAGAAUCACUGACAUGGAUCUCAAGCUGGGUAACAUCGCAGACACCAAGCUGAGCUGUGGUGAUGGUCUGGCAGGCCAGCUGGAGGUGGGCAGCAUCUUCACCUUCCGUGUUACUGUGCUCCAGGCCAGCGGCGUCCCGCCUGAGUACGCUGACAUCUUCUGCCAAUUCAAUUUCUUGCAUCGUCAUGACGAGGCUUUCUCCACCGAGCCUCUGAAGAACACCGGCAAAGGAGCACCUCUGGGCUUCUACCACGUCCAAAAUAUUUCUGUAGAGGUGACGGAGUCUUUUAUUGAGUACAUCAAGAGCAAGCCCAUCGUCUUUGAAGUGUUCGGCCACUACCAGCAACACCCGCUGCAUCUUCAUUGCCAAGACCUGAUCAGUCCUUCAACACCAUCAAGGAAAUACUAUCCUAUUCCUAUGCCUCUGUCUAAACCAGUUCCAGCCACCAAACUAAACACCAUCACCAAGUCCAACCUGGGUCAGUGUGUCAGCAAGUACGACCUGCUGGUCUGGUUUGAGAUCAGCGAGCUGGAGCCCACCGGAGAGUACAUCCCAGCUGUGGUGGAUCACAGUGGAGGACUGCCUUGUCAUGGCACCUACCUACUGCACCAGGGGAUCCAGCGGAGGAUCACAGUGACUCUCAUCCAUGAGAAGGGAAGUGAGCUGCACUGGAAGGACGUUCGUGAGCUGGUCGUGGGUCGCAUCAGAAACAAGGCUGAAGUGGACGACACCGCUGCUGAUGCCGUCCUGUCUCUCAACAUCAUUUCUGCCAAAAACAUCAAGUCAUCCCACAACUCCAACAGGACCUUCUACCGCUUUGAGGCAGUGUGGGACAGCUCCCUGCACAACUCCCUCCUGCUAAACCGAGUCACUCCUUAUGGAGAGAAGAUCUACAUGACUCUGUCUGCAUAUCUGGAGCUGGACCAUUGCAUCCAGCCUGCCAUUAUUACCAAAGACAUCUGCAUGGUUUUCUACUCACGAGACGCAAAGAUCUCCCCUCCUCGCUCCCUCAGGAACCUCUUUGGGAGUGGAUAUGCUAAAACCCCUGACUGCAAUCGAGUCACUGGCAUCUACGAGCUGAGCUUGUGCAAGAUGUCUGACACUGGAAGUCCAGGCAUGCAGCGGAGGAGGAGGAAGGUCCUGGAUACAUCAGUGGCUUAUGUGCGUGGAGAAGAGAACCUGGCUGGUUGGAGGCCCAGAGGAGACAGUCUCAUCCUGGAGCACCAAUGGGAGCUAGAGAAAAUGGAGCAGCUGCACGAGGUGGAGAAGACCCGUCACCUGCUCCUGCUGAGGGAGAAGCUGGGAGAGGCUCCUCCAGUGGGAACAGCUCCCACCACCAAGUCCCUGAGCGAGUCGCUGUCCCCCAGCAUGAGCUCAGGCACCCUGUCCACCUCCACCUCCAUUUCCUCACAGAUCUCCAGCACCACCUUCGAAAGCGCAAUCACGCCCAGCGAGAGCAGCGGCUACGACUCCACCGACAUCGAGAGCCUGGUGGAUCGUGAGAAGGAGCUGGCCACUAAGUGCCUGCGCCUCAUGACACAUACCUUCAACAAUGAAUACAACCAGGUGGUCAACAGUAUUAGUGACUGCAAGCUCUCUGACAUCUCACCAAUCGGACGCGACCCAUCAGUGACCAGCUUCAGCAGCGCCACCCUCACUCCCUCUUCCACCUGCCCUUCUCUGUCUGAUUCUCGCUGUGGCUCCAUGGGCCAGAAGACCCCAGAAAAUAGCUCCCGUGCCUCCAGCCCCUCCUGCUCAGACUAUGAAAACUUCCCGAUGGUUCCCAGCCUGGAGACCUCUUACCUUGCACGUGCUGGGAAGAACGAAUUCCUCAACUUGGUGCCUGAUAUUGAAGAAAUGAGGCCAGGAUCGGUAGUGUCCAAGAAGGGAUUCCUAAGCUUCAUGGAGCCGCGCUCCAACUCGUGGGUGAAGCAUUUUGUGGUUGUGCGCCGGCCUUACGUCUUCAUCUACAACAGCGACAAGGACCCAGUGGAGCGGGGCGUCCUCAACCUCUCCACAGCGCAGGUGGAAUACAGUGAAGACCAGCAGGCCAUGCUCAAGACUCCCAACACAUUCGCUGUGUGCACAAAACACAGAGGAAUCCUCCUGCAGGCCAACAACGAGAAAGACAUGAAUGACUGGCUGUACGCGUUUAACCCUCUGCUAGCAGGAACGAUAAGAUCUAAGUUGGCAAGGAGGCGCAGCGGCCUCUUGAAGAAUUGAGUGACCGGCACACAGGAAACCACAGCUUCCAUUCUUUCUGAAGAGCAUUUGAACAUACCGAGUGUUAACACUUAUUAAUCAUUGUGAUUCUUGACGGUUUUCUCUUGUAAGUAGACUUGUGGCUUAAGUCUCCUUUCAUGCGACUAAAAUUUUGAGUUCCAGAAACAUUUGCCUCCCUUCUCCCUCCAAAGACCCUCUGCCAACUUAGCGUCCCUCCUCUCUAUUUCUCUGCCCCCUCCCUCCUCAGCUUUUUGUGUUUUUGUUUUUAUGACAAUGUUUGGGUCUAAUUUUGUUCCGCUUUGUUGUCAUUCCCUAACUCCCUAACUAGUAGCAUGUUGUAAUAGUCUACUUGUGUGUGCACGAUUCUUCAGAAACUGUUUUUCUGGCCACUAAUUUUCAGUUUGCCAAUCAUCUGUAAAAAAAAAAAAAAAAAUGUCUCUAUCAGUGUUAUUUGUCUCCCAAGUAGAUUUUCUUUUUUGUUUUCUUUUGGGUUUUUUUUUUUUUUUCAUUAAUAUGCCUGCAUGAUGACUGCAGCAGUCCUCAGGAGAAGACCAUAUUUGCUUACUCAAAAAAAAAAUCUGAUAAACUACAGUUGAAAUUAUGAAGGGAAAAUAUACAAAUAUCUCCAAGUGACGUUUCAGUUAACGCUCUGCUACAGAAAGCAAGGCUACUUCAAGAACUGUCGCUGCUAAUUAAUUCAUAGGUUUUUUCUUCUCUUUAUGAGAUUUGCAUCAGGCCAUUGCCUCUUCCUAAAGUAGACUCUAGCUCCCCUGUAGUUCUCCUGAACAGCAUUUAGAAACAAACACAAAAAUGUGAACACUGAAAAAUUUGUCAACGUCCCGACUCAGUGAGACACAAGGGCAGCACUGGAUCUCCACUGUCAUCUGUGUGAAAUUUAGAUCCCACUCCUCAGUCCAUGUAUAUACACCAACUCCGACCCCCCCCUACCCUGAUAGUGCCGUCAGUCAGUGAGUGAUAACUUACAAUCAUGCAUUUGUGUCAGCAUCAAAACUACACGCUAACUGAAUGAAACAUGCAAAAAUGGACUAUGAUGAUUUCACAUCUCAGCCGUGAAAACGUUACAAAGGAUUUAUUUUUUUGUGUCUGCAGGAGUAGAUAUUUGUCCCUGUCCUUUUGCUCUUUCAUCUCACAUAAGACACACAGUAAACAGGGUUUUUUAAGGGGAGGAGGAGGAUGAAGAAGAUAGUCUAAAGAGAGAACGUCAUUUGUACAUACAGUCUGUUCUGGGAUCAGUUCACUCUCAUUUAAGACAUUCCUCUCAGCUCCUCUUGCAUUCUUUUUUUCUCAUUUUGAGCCUCAGACCUCAAGAAAGUUUCAACAUGUGCUUUCAUUUUAUUUUAACCAUCACAUACUGAUGAUACGGAAGACAAAACAUGGUGAAAUGGGAGAAGGAAGUAAAACAAGAGAGUGAAGUUCUCUAAGCCUUGAUGCCAUUUGUUAAUCGAUGAAGCCGUUGCACGUUGCCUGCAGGGCCGAUAGCGAUCCAGUCUACCCAUAUGACUCCCUUCACUGUCACACCAGUGUCGGGUUAAAUCUCUGAACUGAAAUACUUACUAUUCAGCAGCGACGCACCACACGUUUGAAUUUAAACCUCUUAACUCAUCUAACUCUCAUUGGGUUGAUAUAGUUUUUUUUCUUCUUUUUAAUUUUAACAUUAUUAUUAUUAACAUUGUUGAUUUUUUUUUUCUAUUAUGCUUUUAAUCAUUCCAUAGUGACGUUUUAUAUGAAAUGUAACAGAGGGCAUUUAUUUCUUCAUUUUUAACCAGCUGUAUUGGUUGUUUUUGCACAUUAACACAUAUCUAUAGCAAGACAAGGGCAGAUCACACAUGUUGAGUCCAAGAUUAUUUUUUGAACAUCAUCUGAGUAUCAGGAACACUGAUAAGAGCACAUAUCAAGGCUACACUGGAUAGCUGUUACUCAAAAGGUUUACUAGAAAGAAGUGAUAUUAAAGGGACAAAAUAUACUCAAAAGGUUUUAUUUCUGUUAUUGUUUAUGAAAAUAUUUGCUCUGUACAUUGCACUACAGCUGCUACAUUUGGCUCCUUGUAAAUUACGACAUUUCCGGUGCCUCUGUCUCUACAGACGGUAGGAGUGUGAUCAGAUGGGCGGUAAUAAACUCUGGCUAACCAACCAGUAGUAUGCCUUCUGUAUGGUUUGAAAGGGACAUAAAGUUUAAAUGUGUUGAAACAGAGGUACCAAUUUCCUAUUAUUAAAUAUCAGUGGAAUUAUUGGUGACGUAUUGAAUGUUUGCUGAUUUAAAAACAGAAAACAUUCAUCUCAGAAUAUGAAAUAUCUCUGCCCUCAGGUCAACCAACCUACUGGUCAGAUAAAUAAAACCUGUUAGAUUGGAUUGUUAGUUUCUGAGAAACUGUUAAAGUUACUUUACAGGGGAAAAAAGGAUUAAGAAAAAAAACAAUCUAUGCACUGAUCAAGGCUCAAAGUGCAAUCAAGCUGUGCAUAUUCAGCAGUGGCACAUUGAUACAAAUGCUUUUCAGAGCAAACAUUUUCACUUCAGCAACUAAUUUGCAGAGGUAUAUUGUUUUGGAUUGUGUAUUUAUUGUUUGCAAUGUAUAUAUUAGUUUGCAGCUCUUUGCACAUAUUAAUAAAAGGUUCAACUAACUGAUCAAAUAAAGUCUGUGCGGUCUAGUUGUUCUACUCAGAAUGAACCAAAAUGAAGGUGUGGCAGCCUCGCCCUGUCUGAACGGGGAGAGAGUUGAAUGUACUAUGAAGAUGUUUUUUUUUUCUCCAUUAUUUAGAAAGAAAAAAAAGGCAGGGGAUAAAAAGAGAGAACUAAAAUGUAACCCGCUGCACCCUCUUGGGGGAGGUGGGUUGAAUUAGUGCUUCCUUUUUUAUCAGAAGGUGGUUUUUGAGUGAAAGUCUACUUUUGAUUGGAAGAAUAUUUACUCACGACUCAUGCAAGCCAGCCGUCUGAAUUCUAACAUAAUAAAGUUGGUUUUUAACUCAUUUCUUCUAAUAUCAGGGAAUAUAAUACAAAGUAGCUAGUGAUAUCUAAGAUGACAGUAUACCAUUGUUUGUGCUGGUGUCUUUCUUCACCUCAACACUUUUUCCGUUGAUGCCUUUCAAACAAAACUAGCCAUGAUAUUUUCCAUCUUCCCCUCUGACAAUUAAUAUCGGUUUUACUGCGUUUCCCUUUGGAUUUGUUCACCAGAAGAAAAAAAACAGACAAACCAUGACAUUAACACUGUACAUUAUUUGUCAGACUGGUUUCAUUUUCAUACUUAUUUUGUAAAUAUCUGUGUUGUAUGGAGCUUGAAUUAAAAUGUAAAUAUGUUUACUGUAUUUGUAAUAAUUAUAAUCCAUUCGCUGUAUAGCAUAGAUGUGUCAUGCAGAUAUCCUAAUUCUGUGUAUGGUAAUCUUGCACCAUUGAACUGUUUAGUGAAUGAGGCAACAAUAAAAGUGCAAAUUGUGCA